ACCAGAGAGCCUUUUGGAACCGGGGACACCGAGCCCAGGGCCUCCAGAAGCCAGCUGGGAGGCAGCUUUGCUCCCGCUCGCCUGUUUGUGCCCCUUCAGCCCCGCUCUCGGACCCCACGAGGCGGUGAAGCGGCUCCACUUCAGAUACGGCUUCGGGAGGAGCGCGCCAGCCGAGGCCGCCGGCCGCCGCCGCAGGGGCCGCGCGCGAGCAAACCCCGGCCCUGGAGGGGGCCGCCGCCCCACCGGAGGCGGAGCCGCCGCCCGCCGCCUCCCGCCAGCGCGCGGGUUCUCCGCCGAGCGAGGCGCCCACGGGCACAGCAGCGUGCAGGGUCAAAGACAGCCGGCCUCCCAUGUCAGUGGUCUAGGAUGGCCAGUGAAGCCACCAACAUCCCAAGUCCUGUGGUGCGCCAGAUUGACAAGCAGUUUCUGAUCUGCAGUAUAUGCCUAGAACGGUACAAGAAUCCCAAGGUUCUCCCCUGUCUGCACACUUUCUGCGAGAGGUGCCUGCAGAACUACAUUCCCGCCCACAGCCUCACCCUCUCCUGCCCCGUGUGCCGCCAGACAUCCAUCCUGCCCGAGAAGGGGGUGGCCGCGCUCCAGAACAACUUCUUCAUCACGAACCUGAUGGACGUGCUGCAGCGAACGCCGGGCAGCGACGCUGAGGAGUCCUCCAUCCUGGAGACGGUCACCGCGGUGGCUGCGGGAAAGCCUCUCUCUUGCCCAAACCACGAUGGGAAUGUGAUGGACUUUUACUGCCAGUCUUGCGAGACCGCCAUGUGUCGGGAGUGCACUGAGGGGGAGCAUGCGGAACACCCCACAGUCCCCCUCAAGGACGUGGUGGAGCAGCACAAGGCCUCGCUCCAGGUCCAGCUGGACGCCGUCAACAAAAGGCUCCCAGAAAUAGAUUCUGCCCUUCAGUUCAUCUCAGAAAUCAUUCAUCAGUUAACCAACCAAAAGACCAGCAUUGUGGAUGACAUCCAUUCUACCUUUGACGAGCUCCAGAAGACUCUGAACGUGCGCAAAAGUGUGCUGCUUAUGGAACUGGAAGUCAACUAUGGCCUCAAACAUAAAGUCCUUCAGUCGCAGCUGGAUACUCUGCUCGAGGGGCAGGAAAGUAUAAAGAGCUGCAGCAACUUCACGGCGCAGGCCCUCAACCAUGGCACGGAGACGGAGGUGCUGCUCGUGAAGAAGCAGAUGAGCGAGAAGCUGAACGAACUGGCCGACCAGGACUUCCCGCUGCACCCGCGUGAAAACGAUCAGCUGGAUUUUAUCGUGGAGACCGAGGGGCUCAAGAAGUCCAUCCACAACCUCGGGACGAUUUUAACCACCAACGCCGUCGCCUCCGAGACUGUGGCCACGGGCGAGGGGCUGCGGCAGACCAUCAUCGGGCAGCCCAUGUCCGUUACCAUAACGACGAAGGACAAAGACGGCGAGCUGUGCAAGACGGGCAACGCCUACAUCACCGCCGAGCUGAGCACGCCCGACGGCAGCGUGGCGGACGGGGAGAUCCUCGACAACAAGAACGGCACUUACGAGUUUUUGUACACUGUCCAGAAGGAAGGCGACUUCACCCUGUCGCUGCGGCUCUAUGACCAGCACAUCCGAGGCAGCCCGUUCAAGCUGAAAGUGAUCCGGUCGGCCGACGUGUCUCCCACCACCGAGGGCGUGAAGAGGCGCGUGAAAUCCCCGGGGAGCGGCCAUGUAAAGCAGAAAGCGGUGAAGAGACCCGCCAGCAUGUACAGCACUGGGAAGCGAAAAGAGAAUCCCAUCGAAGACGAUCUGAUCUUCCGAGUGGGUACCAAAGGAAGAAAUAAAGGAGAAUUUACAAAUCUCCAAGGGGUAGCUGCGUCUACAAGUGGAAAGAUACUAAUUGCAGAUAGCAACAACCAAUGUGUACAGAUAUUUUCCAAUGACGGCCAGUUCAAAAGUCGGUUUGGCAUACGAGGGCGCUCUCCUGGGCAGCUGCAGCGGCCCACAGGAGUGGCUGUGCAUCCCAGCGGGGACAUAAUCAUCGCAGACUAUGAUAAUAAGUGGGUUAGCAUUUUCUCUUCUGAUGGCAAGUUUAAGACGAAAAUUGGAUCCGGAAAGUUGAUGGGGCCCAAGGGAGUCUCUGUGGACCGCAACGGGCACAUCAUCGUGGUGGACAACAAGGCGUGCUGCGUGUUUAUCUUCCAGCCAAAUGGGAAGAUAGUCACCAGGUUUGGUAGCCGAGGAAAUGGGGACAGGCAGUUUGCAGGUACACUCGAUGGUCCCCAUUUUGCAGCUGUAAAUAGCAAUAAUGAGAUUAUUGUUACGGAUUUCCAUAAUCAUUCUGUCAAGGUGUUUAAUCAGGAGGGAGAAUUCAUGUUGAAGUUCGGCUCAAAUGGAGAAGGAAAUGGGCAGUUUAAUGCUCCAACAGGUGUAGCAGUGGAUUCAAAUGGAAACAUCAUUGUGGCGGACUGGGGAAACAGCAGGAUCCAGGUUUUUGAUGGAAGCGGAUCAUUUUUGUCCUAUAUUAACACAUCUGCUGACCCCCUCUAUGGCCCCCAAGGCCUGGCCCUGACUUCAGAUGGCCAUGUCGUGGUUGCAGACUCUGGAAACCACUGUUUCAAGGUGUACCGGUACUUACAGUAAUGACGGGCAGCCGGACAGCCCCUUACAAAGGUCUUGCACUAUAAACUGGAAUGGAUUUCUCGACGCGGGACCAGAUUACACUAGACUUUCCUUGCUAGAGGGAAUCAUUGGUGAACUUUUCAAGGUUAUUUCUGAAUGUAACUAUUUCCUUAAAAACUGCAUAUCUGAUUUCUGUAUUCACCUUUUAGGGUUUAAAGAAAAGAAAUCCCUUCUACUGAAUCUAUGGAAAUGGCAAAGUUUUACACCUGUGAACUAUGGCUUAUUGGACAGGGAUUUAUGUAGUUGAACUGAUUUUGCAAAUCGAACAGACACUAAAACACAAAACAAAACAAAAAAAACCUGGACUAUGUAAAGGUAUUCAUUAAUCCUGUGAAUGGUAGCUUUUGUGCAGAGCUUCCAAAAACAAAACAAAAU